AAAAACAGUGAAAUAAGGAAAUACCAGAAGAGCACCGAGCUUCUCAUCCGCAAGCUGCCGUUCCAGCGUCUGGUUCGUGAAAUCGCACAGGAUUUCAAGACCGAUUUGCGUAUCCAGAGCCACGCCGUGCUCGCCCUUCAAGAGGCGGCGGAAGCUUACCUCGUCGGUCUGUUUGAAGACACGAAUCUGUGCGCAAUUCACGCUAAGAGGGUUACAAUCAUGCCUAAAGAUAUUCAAUUGGCUAGGCGCAUUCGCGGCGAACGUGCUUAAGUGUUAUAGUUAGGGUUUCUGUUUUAUGUUUUUAUUUUUUUAAUUUUGAUUUUGCUCUGAGGGUAGAGCUUGAAGCUACUGUUUGAAUUUUUGUUUCUCUGUAAAUUUACAGACAGAUUAUCAAUGGAUUAAUUGUUAUAAUCAAGUUUUGUUUU